AUGACCUCAAACGAGAGGACAACCCGAGCUUUGAAAGACAUUCUCCAAAGGCAGGGGAACAAUUAUUGUGCAGACUGUGGUGCGCCGGAUCCAGAAUGGGGUUCUUGUACACUGGGAGUAUUCAUUUGCCUAGGCUGUUCUGGAAUCCACAGGAAUAUUCCAGACGUCUCAAAGGUGAAAUCCCUCAGACUUUCCCGCUGGGAGGAGUCUGAGGUGGAGUUCAUGGCAAAGAACGGAAAUGAGGCGAUGAAGAAGAUCUAUGAAGCUGCUGUUCCUGUCUACUAUUACAAACCCACUCAUAAAGACUGCCAGAUCCUGCGGGAGCAGUGGAUCAGGGCUAAGUACGAGAGGAAGGAAUUCACUGAUCCUGGGAAGACACUGAUCUAUGAGGCAGACACCAAGGACGGUAUGCUGAUGAAAAGAGGGCGGGACAACGGCCAGUUCCUCAGCAGACGAUUUGUCCUCUCACAGAGGGAGGGUACGCUGAAGUACUUCACCAAGUAUGACGCUAAGGAGCCUAAGGCAGUGAUGAAAGUGGACAGCAUGAAUGCUUCUUUCCAGCCACAGAAGAUUGGCAACCCUAACGGUCUUCAGAUCACUUACCUGAGGGACUACGUGACUCGUAACAUUUUUCUCUAUCACGAGAGUGCCAAGGAGAUAGUCGAUUGGUUUAACUCUAUUCGGGCAGUCCAGUUGCAUUACCUCAAAGUUGCUUUCCCAGGUGCCUCUGAUGCUGAGCUGGAACCCAAACUGACUCGGAACUUUCUGAAAGAGGGCUACAUGGAGAAGACUGGACCAAGGCAAACAGAGGGCUUUAAGAAGCGCUGGUUCACCUUGGACCACAGACGGCUUAUGUACUUCAAAGAUCCGCUGGAUGCUUUUGCCAAAGGAGAGGUUUACCUUGGCCACAGAGAUCUGGGCUACAGUGCCAGCCCUGGUUUACCAGCGGGCAUCCAUUCAAAUGGAUUGUGGCAACAUGGUAUCACCAUACUAACGCCGGAACGCAGCUACGUGUUUACCUGCGAGACAGAAAGCGAACAACAAGAUUGGCUGAAACACUUCAACGAUGUUAUGGACACCCAAAUGUCGCCACAAGAGUACAGCAUGGAGGCCCUUCUGAAGAUCAAGCACUGAUGGUCCUGUGUUUCUCCAGUGUCUCCUUUUUCC